AUGGAGAACAGGAAGGUGAAGAGGAAAGUAGAGGAAGAAGUGGAAGAUAAGUUUCCAAAACACCAAAACAUAAGAUGCUGUUUACUGUGCUUUGAACGCAAGAUUGCCCUUCUUCCAAUCCCCUGCAUGCCAAGGGCGUUUAAGGGUCUCGUUACCGAUGCGAACAAUCUUGUUCCUAAAAUCCUUCCUAGGUCGUUGAGCAUCGAGACUGUUCAAGGAAAUGGAGGAUUGGAACUAUUAAGAAGACUUACACUCCACGAGCGAAACGAAUUGAAGUCGUUCAAACAAAAAGUAGACAAUUAUGACCCACAGAAACUAUGUAUACGAGAUACAGUAUAUACGAAAGGAGAACCAUCGAUUGAUGGAAUAGAGGAAAAGUCACAGUUUGGAAUAGACAAUAGAGGGUUUCCAGGUGAUGGAGGAUCUGUUGUCCAUGUUAGGUUUUCAAAAACCUAUCCAAAGGGUAAUAAUGCUGCGCUCCUUCAAGGACGCGUUGACGUCACAAACAAAAAAGCUUCGCAGGAAUGCGUUCAGGCCAUUGAAACAGUACCUGUGGCAAAUCCUAAUGCCUACUAAUUCCAUGUAAUUUCAAAUUUGAAGGCAUGUGGGCUAUGGUUGUUAUCUUAUGCUUUUUCUGUUUCUUUUUUUGUUUUUUUUUUUUUUUAAUUUCCUGUUCAGACCAAAAUAAAUAUAGAUUAUCUAGUUUUGGUCUGAUAAUAAAAGCUUGGAUGUUAUGUUAAAUGGGUGCUUGAAUUGCACCAUACUAUUGUAAUCAGGUUUCAAUCAUAUUCCUUUGAAAUUAAUUAUGGAAGCCUUUCGUUCUUAUCCA